AUGAUUUCAGGCAGCGAUCGGUUAUGUGAAGAAUUUGAGAGAUUGAACUCGUUAUGUUAUACAAAUGAUAAUAACGCGUUAGCAGAAUCGUUGAAUCUAAUUAAUUCAUUGUUGGAAAAAUCAGAAGGAAAGGAUAUUAAUGAAACAGUAGAAGAACAAGAGGAAGAGGAACCCCUUCUUGAUAUGUGGCAUAUAUUAACUAUUCAACUCACUCUUGUAAGUUAUUUUAAAUAUUGUGAUUUAAAGCAAAAAUUUAAAGCUGAAUAA